GAGCGCUCCCAAUCCCCGGAGCGGCGGGGGGAGGACGCUGCAGCUCCCGCCGCUCCAGCCGAGCCUCGCCAGAUCAUCCCGAGCCUCGCCAGAUCAUCCCGAGCCUCGCCAGAUCAUCCCGAGCAUCGCCAGAUCUUCCCGAGCCUCGGGAGCGCCGGGAGCCGCGGGAGGAGCGCGGGCGAGGCCAGGGCUGCGAGCGGCCCCGAUUCUCUGCUGCGGCUUCCCCAGCCAGCCCAACGGAGCCCUCGGAGAGCGCGAUGGACGAGUGGGAUCUCCCACAAUGGAAAAAAGAGGUGGAAAGCCUCAAGUACCAGCUGGCCUACAAGAGGGAGAUGUCCUCCAAGACCAUACCUGAGUUCGUGAAGUGGAUCGAGGACGGCAUUCCCGAGGAUCCCUUCCUGAACCCGGAGCUGAUGAAGAACAACCCCUGGGUGGAGAAAGGCAAAUGCAUCAUCCUCUGA